AUGGACUUUUUGGAUACAUUGACUGAUUCAAACGGCUUGCCUACUGCAGUGGUGACCAUGAAACUCGAUACACUAACUAAUUCCUUUGGCCGACCAACAGCUACAGUGACAGAGUUCUUGGAAGUAUUAAGGGAUCCGAACGGCUCACCAACACAGACUCUGACCAUGCAAUGGGUUAUUUUGACGGACUCCAUAGGUCGACCAACUGCAACGGUUGAACAAGACUUCAACACACAGCCUACGCAGGUGCCAAAAGGGUUGUUUGCGAUCCCUGUCGAACCUGCCAACUACUUCAUCGUGUCAUUCCUACCAGUCCUUAUAGCUAUUGUUAUCUCUGUUCUGAUUCAAAUCAUCAACAGAAGCUUAAAGAACAUGCUACCAUUCUUUGCGCUGUCGAAAAGCAGAGGCGCUCUGGCAAGAGAUUCGUUAUGUAUGGCUCCUGGCGGUCUUACUGGUCCAUUCCAUAGCGUGCGUCUUUUGUUCCGAUUCGGGGAGCUAGUGUCACUAUUUUGUGAUAUCCUAGUUUUUCUUGCAGCAGUCCUUGUUACCAUUUCGAGCGAAGCUGUUGGGGUUAAGCUGGAAGGAUCAUGCAAGAUGAACAGCUUUUCCGGCUGCUCCAUGUAUUUCGAUCUCUUCAAAGGACCAUCUCGGGCCGCUGAAUCUUUGAUGGUCGCCAUAGGUGUUAUCAUAGCCUGCAUCGGCGUGUCUCUAUACCGGAUUCGAUCACGAGUCGCCUUCAGCCCCUGGAGCAUUGCUUCCACUGCCGCUCUUCUGUCAGGAGAGACUGCAAAACUUCUCCAGCCGCUUCGUCAAGAUAGCAAACAGAAAAUUGAUACCGCGCAGAUAGUCAAACAUCUAGAGGGCAGAAAAUUUGCUUUGGGAUUCUAUCUUGGAGAUCAUGGCGGUAUGGAAUACGGCAUCAUCAUUAGUUACCAGGACCCCCUCGGUGUCGCAAGAGCCGUAGGAAAGAGCGCAGGCGUCGCACCGUCGAAAGAUCACGCCAAGAAUAGCCGAAAGGAGCACCGUCGAAAGUGCUUCUCGAAACAAUUCAACUUCGACUACGGAGUUGAUACAUUAUUCUUAACCCUCCUCUGCGGCCUCCUUAUUCUCGUUGUCUAUUAUGAUGCAGUUCAGCUUAACGCAAAAACGAAUUCAUUCGAGCGUUUCAUUGAUAGCCAAACUUUUGGAGUACGCUCAGUGUUUUCUGGAUUUGGUGUAAUCAUCUCAUUCUUCUGGGACAACAUGUUUUCACGCGUGAUGAAAAUGGAAUGCUACAAAAGCCUCUCGCGCUUUCCUCGCAGAUCCAAUACUUCAAUUCUAGCUUCAUCAAACAUCACAGUCUUUCUAGGCCUAUGGAGAGCCUUGUGGGAUCGAAACCUCUUUGCCGGUAUUGUGGCCUUCACAGGCAUCUUGUCCAAAGUCACCCCACUUCUUCUUUCAAAUAUUCCCUUUCGCAUCACCCAAACUUGGGAGACUCAUAAAGUAUGCGCAUGGAUGACUGUUGCAAUCUUGGCGUUUAUGAUUGUGGUUCUGGUAUGGUGUUUUCUCGAAGAAGCGAGAUGGCCAUAUAUGCCUCUUGAUCCAAACACCAUUGCGGGGAGUAUGUACUACUUGUGUGAUUCCCCUAUCCUAGGAGAUUUCGAAGGAACGUCCCGGUUGAGUCAGAAAGAGUUGAAAGCACGGCUGAAGGGUAUUGGAAAGGAUUAUAGAUUUGGAGAAAUGGUGGGAGUUUCAGGGCAGUCAAGGAUUGGGAUAUAUCGACAUCGAGCUACGGAUAUCUCUCGUGGUAAGCCGGUACAAAGAGCAGCUUCGGUUUCAACUGCGCCAGAAACACAACUAUCAGCGCCUUCUCGAUCACGAACAACUCGAACUAUUUAA